ACACCGGAACUAUGGCAGGGCAGCUAAGUUGUGGUGCAGCUAGGUUAUGUGAGCUGUUGGGUAGGACAGAGCUGGGUUUCACUCUGACUGCAGCCCGGGUCUAUGUUUAAUUUUGGUAGGAUUGUACAGGAGCCGCUGGUCAAGAAGAUUUAUGAGUGGUCGCUCUUAAUCUCAGGGUUGAAGUGGUGCCAUUUGUCAUCUGUUGCAAUGGGGAACGCCAGCUGCCAUAACAACCACUUGGGAAUACCUCCGGGAAAAGGGCCACAUCAGGUGGGAUGCGCAGACUUAAUGGUGGGCCACACAGUACAGGGAACUUUCUUCAGGUUAUACUAUCCGUGCCAAGCUUCCGAGGGUUCCGAAAAGCCGGACUGGAUUCCAUGCCGGGAAUACUUCAACGGCCUCGCAGACUUCAUGAAAAUGAGCAGAACGCUGAGCGAACGAAUUUUCAACUACCUCUUUGGGUCGUACAAAAUCCCAGCAGCGUGGAACGCAUCUUUUAAGCCAGAUGGAAAAUACCCAGUAAUCAUCUUCUCCCAUGGGCUGGGAGCUUUCAGGACAUUGUAUUCAGCCAUAUGUGCAGAGCUGGCCUCACAGGGCUUUGUUGUCGCUGCAGUGGAACACAGGGAUGAGUCAGCCUCGGCAACGUUCUACUACAAGGAGAAGGGUGAGGCAGAACAAAGGCCUCAUGCAGUGCAUCAAAACUUCCGGCCCAUAUCUGACAACCUGGAGGAACAGUGGAUGUACUACAGGGCGCUGAAACCAGGCGAGCUUGAACGUCCUCUAAGAAACAAGCAAGUGAAACAAAGAGCAGAUGAAUGCAUCAGAGCUUUGAAUCUGCUUAUCGACAUCAACGCAGGAAAGUCUGUGGAAAACGUCUUGCAGUCCACAUUUGACUGGACAACAUUAGAGAACUGCAUGGACCUGUGCAGAAUAGCAGUUAUGGGUCAUUCCUUUGGUGGGGCCACAGUGAUCGAGUGUUUGUGCAAGGAAGUCAAAUUCAAGUGUGGCAUCGCACUGGAUACCUGGAUGUUUCCCCUUGAUGAGGAGAUAUUUCCAAGUGUGAAACAGCCGAUUUUUUUUAUUAACUCUGAGAAGUUUCAGUGGGCUGGGAAUAUCAUUGGCAUGAAGAAGCUGGACUCUGCGAUGAUUCCAAGGAAAAUGAUAACUAUCAAGGGGACAGUCCAUCAGAGCUUCCCUGAUUUCACCUUUCUAACUGGUAACUGGAUUGGGAAGAUCCUGAAGCUGAAGGGAGAAAUUGAUCCUCAUAUAGCAAUGGAUCUUUGCAACCAAUCAUCAUUAGCAUUCCUACAGCGCCACUUAUCUCUAGAGAGGGAUUUCAAUCAGUGGGAUCAUUUAAUCGAGGGAAAAGACGACAACCUGAUUCCAGGCACCAACAUCACUAUACCUCAGUCAUCAAUGUAAUCCAUUGAGAGAAAAUGAGCACAGUGCUUCAUUUUGUGGCUCAUAUUACUGUUACCGACUAGAAAAGAGUGAACAAGAUGUUUAAAUGUACAGUAAAAGAAGAAAUGUGAAGUAUGUAGCCACUACUAUGAAUAUUUGAUGUGCUAAAUUUUCAAUUCAAAUUUAUAGUGACAUUUUAACUGCUGCAUAAUUGAAUUUCUAGGAAUGGACCAAGUCAGAAAUAUUACAAGUGGCAAAUGCAAUCAACUUAAUUUGAGGGGGGUGGGUGAUUAUUUUUUCCCCAUAGUAAUACUUAUACAGGUAAUUCAAAUUAAAA